GCCAUCAUUCUCCAUAGAAUGGGCAGCUGAACAUGAAGAUGAUUGAGAGACUACAGCACAAUUCAAAUAAAAGUGUCGGAGCAUAUUCUGAACGAGACAGCAAAGAGCUGAGAAAUGCUAAUUCUACCUUUUCUCUCAGGGAAAAUUUCUCUCGUGGACCCCCCAGCGGAGAAACCAUGCAUGCUCCUGUUUAUUUCCCAACCACACGUCACUUCUUGUGGAUGACAAAGUGUGUUGGUAUGAAGUCAAGAAAAUGCAUUUCGAGAUCUCAUAUAAUGCCAGCUGUGGUCCUGAUGACCGUAGUGUGUGUAUUAUUCUGCAUCAUUCAGGCUUGUUCAUUAUCACACGCCGGGCAGAUUGGGAGAAACUCUUCAACUUCCCAACUGUAUUCCUUACGACAAUAUCUUGUGCGAAAUUUCAAGGGUUGGUCAGCACAGAAUGACCAGAUAAGGAGAUUGACGAUGGUAAAAGAACAGAACAGGUUCCCAUCUUGCAUCAUAUUCGGGGUGUCGAAAGGCGGCACCAGAGCUGUCUGUGAGUAUUUAAAACUGCACCCUGAUGUUGUAGCUCCAAGUGACGAAAUUCAUUUUUAUGACAACCUCACUUUACAGAAGGAAAAAGGAGUUGAUUGGUACCUUCGACAGAUGCCGGCGUCCAAACCCAACCAAAUAACUGUCGAAAAAAGUCCGGACUAUUUCCAGCAUCCUCAAAGUGCGAGGCUCAUUUACGAAACCAACAACUGUACCAAGCUUUUGCUCUUGUUGAGAGACCCAGUGGAACGUCUGAUCUCACAAUACAUGCAACUUGUUGAAAAAAAUCCAAGCCUACCUGCUUUUGAAGAGUGGGUAAUAGAUCCCAUCACUGGAGAAGUCAACGUAAAACACCCAUCAGUUAUGGUUAGUGCAUAUUCCCAGUACCUAGGUGAUUGGUUGAGCGUUUUUCCAAGGGACCAAAUCCACAUUAUCGAAAGCGAUAGCUUAAGGGUUCAUCCACUAGAAGAGAUGAAAAUUGUAGAAGAAUUUUUGAAAAUAAGACCAUAUUUCACAGAAGGAGACUUUUACUUUAAUGUUUCAAGGGGUUUUUACUGCAACAGGAUAAGAGCUACUGGCAAAACCAAGUGCUUGGGAAAAUCAAAGGGACGAGAGCACAUUCCUGUAAAAUCAGAGAUUUUGGAGAGACUGCACAAGUUUUAUUUGCCGUACAACCAGGAGCUGAACAGGAUAUUGAAAAUGAAAUUCCCAUGGUCCUAACUCACUGAGAGUGAUAGCUUUAUUUUUCACGACUUAUAUUUUACAAGGAUGAACACGUAAUAUACCCACUGUCACAUUAUAUUUUAUGCAAAUGAGAGCACGUAGCAAUGUUUUUAUCAGUGAUAUUGAAGGGAAAACAUUAAUUCUAAUUACUGUCACAUUAAGCAAGAUAAGAA